GACGCAAAGAGUGAUCUGGAUAGCUAACUACUUAGUUAGAAGGUCAUAUUGAGGUGACUACUAAGGUAGAAGGAAGGUUCGAGAGUGCUCAUCAGUCCUUUUGUCGCAACGGAACAGGAUGCCUUGGCGCUUGGCUAGACCCGUAGAGGGCGAGGUGGUGGGGGAGGCGCGGAGCGUGCAGUGCGAGUGCUGCGGCAUGGCGGAGGAGUGCACGCCGACGUACAUCGGCCGGGUGCGGAACCACUUCCACGGCAAGUGGGUGUGCGGGCUGUGCGCGGAGGCCGUUAAGGAGCGGCAGCAGCGGGAGCCCGACCUCGCCGUGGGCGGCGCCGUCGAGGCUCACGCCGCGCUCUGCCAGCGCUUCAACUCCACCGUCCGCCUCAACCCCAAGCUCUCCCUCGCCAGUUCCAUGCGCGACAUCGCGCGCAAGAGCUGCCAGAACCGCGCCACCGGCAGCGAUAGCUGCACCGCUGGCGCCGAUAAUCCCUCAGAUUCGGCGUGCUGCGGCGCCGCCCGCGCCGGCUGCUGCGCGCUGCCCUACGUCUGACGAACGGAGAGACAAGCUAUAAUAAGGGUAGUAAUAUACACGUUGACUGAAUUACAUGCACGCGCCGGGGAUCCUGGGGUUCCGUGUGCUGGCCAGAUGUGUUUGAUGUUGCAUGCAUGUCUUUGAGAUGAGAUCGAUAAUGUAGACAUGGUGUAUGAUAUAUUAUGUCCAUGCACCACACACAACAAAACUAAAUCGUGGAUGUAAAGUAGAACUCGCUACGUUAUGCAUCUUAUUAGUCUCCAAAGUUAAAUAAAUAAAAAGAUCG